CCCUCCCCUCCCUUCCUCGCCUCCCUCCCCCUGCCACACUCCCUUCUUCCCCUCUCUCCCCCUAUCCCCCUCCCUCUUUCCACCCUCUCCCUCCCUCCAUUUCGUCCGCCGUGUGUUUCCUGCCUCCCGGCCUGCCUAGAAGCCCACUAUGAGCAAGUUCAACACUGGCACCGGCUCCAACUGGGAGAAGUUCUCCAAGAACACCGAUGACAAGCCCGACGACAGCGUCCGCGCCCUCGACCCGGGCGACAUGGCCGUCCUCAAGGCGUACGGCAGCGGGCCGUACGCCGCCCAGAUCAAGAACCUCGAGACCGACAUCAAGAGCACCCUCUCUCGGGUGAAUGAGACCGUCGGUGUCAAGGAGAGCGACACCGGCCUGGCCCCCCCCAGCAUGUGGGACCUGCCGGCUGAUCGCCACCGCAUGAUGUCCGAGCCCUCAUACCAGGUGGCUCGUUGCACCAAGAUCAUCAAGCCCAAGACCUCGGACGACCGGACCCAGUAUGUCAUCAGCCUCAAGCAGAUCGCCAAGUUCGUGGUCGGCCUUGGCGACCAGACCACCCCUACCGAUAUCGAGGAGGGCAUGCGUGUUGGUGUCGACCGGACAAAGUACUUCAUUCAGAUCCCCCUGCCGCCGAAGAUCGACCCGUCGGUCACUCUGAUGCAGGUGGAGGAGAAGCCGGAUGUCACCUACAAUGACAUUGGCGGUUACAAGGAGCAGAUUGAGAAGCUGCGCGAGGUGGUGGAGCUUCCGCUUCUUCAGCCGGAGCGCUACGUCUCGCUGGGCAUCGACCCGCCGAAGGGCAUCCUGCUGUUCGGGCCGCCCGGUACCGGUAAGACUCUGUGCGCGCGGGCGGUGGCCAACCGCACGGACGCCACCUUCAUUCGAGUCAUCGGCUCGGAGCUGGUGCAGAAGUAUGUCGGCGAGGGCGCGCGCAUGGUGCGCGAGCUGUUCGACAUGGCCCGCAGCAAGAAGGCGUGCAUCAUUUUCUUCGACGAGAUUGACGCCAUUGGUGGCACGCGUUUCGACGACGGCGCCGGCGGUGACAACGAGAUCCACCGUACCAUGCUGGAGCUGAUCACCCAGUUGGAUGGCUUCGACGCGCGUGGUAACAUCAAGGUCCUGAUGGCGACGAACCGCCCCGAUACCCUGGACCCGGCUCUGCUGCGCCCCGGUCGUCUGGACCGCCGUGUGGAGUUCGGCCUCCCGGACCAGGAGGGCCGCGCGCACAUCCUGCGCAUUCACGCGCAGCAGAUGAGCGUCGAGCGGAAUAUCCGCUACGAUCUGAUUGCCCGCCUGUGCCCGAACGCCACCGGUGCCGAGAUGCGGUCAGUCUGCACCGAGGCCGGCAUGUUCGCCAUCCGUGCUCGGCGCAAGCUGGCCACCGAGAAGGACUUCUUGGACGCCGUGAACAAGGUCAUCAAGGGCUACAAGAAGUUCAGCGCCACCCCGCGCUACAUGACCUACAACUGAGUUGGCUGCCGCGGCCGGCCGGGCGGCGUCGUGAUAUUUGCACCCUGCUGCCCUCUUGGCCCUCCCCCUCGCGCCCCUCGUGUAUUUUUUUUUCUGGCGCGCGUGUGUGCCUGUGUGUGUGUCUGUGUGUUUGUACACAUGCGCGCACGCGCCCCGGCCCCCCGUCUUCAGUUUGCCCGGCCUCUCUCUCUCCCCCUCUCUCUCCCUCUCUUUCUUUGCCCACCACCCCCUUGGCCCGUCCUUUCGCUGUCCUGCGAUUCCCCUCCUCCCGCCUCUCUCCCCCCCCCGGUGAUAUGGGGACGCGGCUGCGCCCAUCCCCCUCCCCCCCCUCCCCCCCC